CACAACUUCUCUCUUUCUCUCUCUAACAAGUAACAGCAAAGCCAUUGAUUCCCCCCCUUAAAACAGCUCUCUAGUCAUCCAAAACUCUAAGUGCAAUGGGUCUGGACAUGUCGAACAACCAUCCCACUUCCCGUACCAAAGAUUUCUUUGCUUCUCCUGCUCUUUCUCUCACUCUUGCUGGUGUAUUCCGAGAUGCCGGGACACCUGCCGGAGCGAGGAGCCCGGAGGUGGAGGAAGGAGAUGAAGAGAGCGGCGGCGGCGGUGGAGGUCGAGAUGAGAUGGUGGAGAUUAGCAGUGAGAAUACUGGUCCUGGAAGAUCUGAUGAAGAUGGAGAUGCAGAUGGAGUACAUGAUGAUGAUGGUGAUGAUGAUAAGGACAACAAGAAGAAGAAGAAGAGGAAGAAAUAUCAUAGGCACACAGCUGAACAAAUUAGAGAAAUGGAAUCUCUUUUUAAAGAGUCACCCCAUCCAGAUGAGAAGCAAAGGCAGCAACUAAGCAAGCAAUUAGGUCUUGCUCCUAGGCAAGUCAAAUUCUGGUUUCAAAAUCGUCGAACACAAAUCAAGGCUGUCCAGGAGCGACAUGAGAACUCUUUACUGAAAUCUGAGAUAGAUAAACUCAGGGAAGAAAAUCAAGCCAUGAGGGAGACCAUUAAGAAGGCCUGCUGUCCUAAUUGUGGUUUCGCUACCUCUAAUAGAGAUGCAUCAAUGACCACCGAGGAACAACAAUUACGGGUUGAAAAUGCAAGACUCAAAGCAGAGGUAGAGAAGCUGCGAGCAACCAUUGGAAAAUAUCCACCAGGGACAGCAUCACCCAGCACCUCUUGUUCUGCAGGAAAUGACCAAGAGAACAGAAGUUCCUUAGACUAUUACACAGGAAUUUUUGGGCUUGACAAGACAAGAAUUUUAGAGCUAGUGAACCAAGCAACGGAAGAGGUUACUAAAAUGGCCACUGCAGGGGAACCAUUAUGGAUCAGGAGUGUUGAGAGUGGACGUGAGAUACUUAACUAUGAUGAAUACGUUCGCGCCUUCUCAGUUGAGAGUCCAAGUAAUGGACGGGUCAGGAGAUCGAUUGAAGCCUCAAGAGAGACCGGUGUCGUCUUUUUAGAUCUCCCUCGGCUUGUCCAAGCUUUCAUGGAUGUGAACCAAUGGAAAGAAAUGUUUCCUUGCAUGAUCUCCAAGGCAGCUACCGUUGAUGUUAUUUGCAGUGGUGAAGGUGUCAACAGAAAUGGUGCUGUACAACUGAUGUUCGCGGAGCUGCAAAUGCUCACACCCAUGGUGCCUACAAGAGAGGUGUAUUUUAUCAGGUAUUGCAAACAAUUAAGUGCUGAGAGAUGGGCAAUAGUUGAUGUAUCCAUUGACAAAGUCGAAGAAAAUAUGGACGCGUCCCUUGUAAAAUGUCGAAAAUGCCCAUCUGGUUGCAUCAUUGAGGACAAAACCAACGGUCACUGCAAGGUGAUAUGGGUGGAGCACAUAGAAUGUCAAAAGAGUACAGUACACACCAUGUUUCGUUCCAUUGUUAAUAGUGGCUUGGCAUUUGGUGCUAAGCAUUGGAUAGCAACUCUGCAACUUCAAUGUGAAAGGCUUGUUUUCUUCAUGGCAACUAAUGUUCCCACAAAGGAUUCAAUUGGUGUUGCCACUCUAGCAGGGAGGAAAAGCAUUCUAAAGUUGGCACAAAGAAUGACAUGCAGCUUUUGUCGUGCAUUGGGUGCUUCUAGUUUCCACACAUGGACUAAAAUCUCAACAAAGGGAGGAGAUGACAUAAGAGUAGCUUCAAGGAAGAAUUUGAAUGACCCAGCAGAACCUCUAGGGGUGAUCUUGUGUGCAGUUUCUUCUGUAUGUUUGCCUGUUGCUCCUCAUGUCCUAUUUGAUUUCUUAAGAGAUGAAAGUAAACGGAACGAGUGGGACAUCAUGUCAACUGGUGGUCCAGCUCAAUUAAUAGCAAACUUAGCCAAAGGACAGGACCGCGGUAACGUCGUGAACAUCCAAGCAAUGAAAUCAAAAGAGAAUAGCAUGUGGAUACUUCAAGAUAGUUGCACAAAUGCUUUUGAAUCAAUGGUUGUCUAUGCUCCUGUGGACAUUUCAGGCAUGCAAUCAGUGAUUACAGGAUGUGAUUCUAGCAAUCUUGCUAUACUGUCUUCAGGUUUUUCAAUUCUUCCAGAUGGGCUUGAGACAAGGCCUUUAGUGAUCACUUCUAAACCAGAGGAGAAAACAAUGGAAGGAGGUUCCUUGCUCACUAUAGCUUUUCAAAUUCUAGCUAAUAGCUCUCCUACAGCCAAACUAACUAUGGAGUCAGUAGAAACUGUUAAUACUCUUAUUUCAUGUACAUUGCAGAAUAUUAAGACAAGCUUGGAGUGUGAAGAUGGAUAGUUAUUGUUAUCUUUUGUAACAUAGUUCCAUAGGAAAUUAAUUACACAAGUGACAGAUCUAUUCUGUCUUUCAUAUA